UCGGAUUGAUGAAAGAGAGUGGUCGUGGCGGAAGAGGCGGAGAAACCCUAGACGGAGAGAAGUCGAUCAGAAGGGGGACCGUCGCCGGAGAAAGAUGGCAGUUGAAGCACCGGCGAAGCUCCGGUGGGGAGAGUUGGAGGAGGACGACCUUGGGGAUCUGGACUUUCUCUUGCCGCCGCCUGUCGUGAUCGGGCCGGACGAGAACGGUGUGAAGAAGGUGAUCGAGUACCGAUUCAACGAAGACGGCAACAAGGUGAAGAUCAUAACCACAUCCCGAACUAGGAAGCUCGCCAAGGCCAGGCUCAGCAAGCGUGCCCUAGAGCGACGCGAGUGGAAGAAGUUCGGGGACGCCGCCCAUAGUGACGGAGCGGAUAGGAUGACCAUGGUCUCCACCGAGGAGAUCCUCCUGGAGAGGCCCAGGGCUCCUGGUAGCAAAGCAGAAGAAACGAAGGUCGCAGGUGAUCCCUUGUCAGCCUUUAGCAAGAGUGGUGCUGUUCUCAUGGUUUGCAGAACUUGUGGGAAGAAGGGUGACCACUGGACUUCAAAAUGUCCAUACAAGGAUCUUGCACCAGCCACUGAGGGCUUUGUCGACAGGCCUCCUUCCUCGGAGACUCCAGUUCCUGCUACUGGUGCGACAAAGGGAGCAUAUGUUCCUCCUAGCUUGAGGGCAGGUGCAGAGAGAACCGGAGCAGAGAUGAGACGCAGAAAUGACGAGAACUCUGUGAGGGUGACUAAUCUGUCUGAGGAUACACGGGAGCCUGAUCUGUUGGAGCUAUUCCGCACCUUUGGGCAAGUUAGCCGUGUCUAUGUGGCUGUCGAUCAGAAAACUGGCAUUAGCAGGGGCUUUGGUUUUGUCAACUUUGUGCGCAGGGAAGACGCAGAGAAAGCCAUUAACAAGCUGAAUGGGUAUGGCUAUGAUAACCUCAUCCUUCGGGUUGAAUGGGCAACUCCGAGAUCCAACUAAACGGCAUCAAAUAAGUGGUAAACUGUCCGUGGUUGCAACAAAAUUUUUUCCUCCUCCUUGUUUUGUAUUUUGUGGACAGCCUUUCACCUUGCAUUUUCCUGUUCUAUUACUAAGCUUCUCAGGCUAAGAACGUCAAAAUUUUGUGAUUUCGUUAUUUGUUAUGGUUGUGUUAUAUGCUGGAAAAUCUGUUAUAAAUAUCCAGUUUAGUCUUUUCUA